GGGGGGGAUGUCUGUGGGCAAGAUGGCGGCUACUGCGGCCGGUGUGGGCCGGUUGGAGGAAGAGGCGUUGCGGCGAAAGGAACGGCUGAAGGCCCUACGGGAGAAAACCGGGCGCAAGGACAAGGAAGAUGGGGAGCCAAAGACCAAGCAGCUCAGAGAAGGGGAGGAGGAAGGCGAGAAGCACAGGGAACUCAGGCUGCGGAACUAUGUCCCAGAGGAUGAGGACCUGAAGAAGAGAAGGGUGCCCCAGGCCAAGCCAAUCGCAGCUGGGGAUCCUGGGACUAAGAGAAGCACCCAUGCUUCCUGGCUAGAGGUCUUGGCUCCAUCUACUCUAGCUGGCUGCCGCCUGCUGGCCCUCCUUCAUCCCCGAAUUGCCUUCAUCCUGAGAAACCCAAGCCCUUCCUCCAGAGCUGCCUUUGCAGGAUCUUCACCUCUAGUGGAAGAGAAGGUGAAGGAGCAGCUGGAGGCCGCCAAGCCAGAGCCCAUCAUUGAGGAAGUGGACCUGGCCAACCUCGCACCCCGGAAGCCUGAUUGGGACCUCAAGAGAGAUGUAGCCAAGAAGCUGGAGAAGCUAGAAAAGCGGACCCAGAGGGCCAUCGCCGAGCUGAUCCGUGAGAGGCUGAAGGGCCAGGAGGACAACCUGGCCUCUGCAGUGGCGGCCACCACCACCGAACAAGAGGCUGGUGACUCCGACUGAGGCACGCCCUAUCCCCUCGCCGCCCGCCUUUCAGGCCUGUUCUAUAGGAGGAUGGUCUUGGGCAAGGGUCGGGGCUGGGCUUGCCAUCACCUCCAGUUUGGCCUCAGAACAGUGACUCCCUGCCUAGCGGUCUGAACCCCACCCCUCCCCAUGCUGUGAGGUCGGCUCCUUGUCUCCUGAGUGGUCCCCAGCGUGCUGAGUUGGGGCAGAGCCAGCAACAACUCUGUGGACUUGCUGUAUCUCUACAUAUAUAUGUUAUUUUGAAUUUUUUUAAUGUCUAGAAAUAGAAACAAGCAGACCCCUGUGUAUGGCAGAAACCUCCUGAAUAUUUGGGAUACUCUGGGUUUGGGCCCCAAGACGGGGCAGCUGCAGAGGUGAUGUUUAAUAUGAGUAAGCCCUGUGUUGGGCUGAACAUGUUGAGGCUGGAGGGGUGGGGAAGGCCCAGGCCUGACCUUCUGGGUCCAGGUUUCUGGUCCAGUCCUUGGUCAGCGGUGAUCAUCUCAAAAUCCUUGGGUGACAGAGAUAGGCCUUACAGUAGUUUGUGGGAUACCUUGGAGAGGCUCCCACUCUGGUCCUCUGUGGACCCCCUUGCAGUGAGAAGGAAGCGACUGGGCCCAUGAAGGGGGUGAGCUGUGCCUUGGCAAAGCCUCGACUCUGGGCCACUACAGAUUCGGGGCCCCUGGCACUGCUCGUUCACAUUCCACCCACAGCCCCAGCAGCCCGUCUCCCCACUUCACCGGCCAGAGCUAGACGCUGGCUUCCCUGGCACAGGGCACCCGUAUGGGGGAGGGUGGCCCAUUCUGCUAAAGACUGGGGUAUUGUAGCCUGGGUUUCGGGGGUGAUCUUGGACCCUGGGUCCCCAGGGUCCUGGCUUCAGGACCGUGAGCCGCCUCUGUGGAGCUGACUCUCCAGAAUGACCGGCUGGCCACAAGUGUGACUCCAGGUACCUGUGACCAUUUAGAGUUUCAUCUCCUCCAGGAUGAUCACUCUCUUAAGUUUCCUUCAUGGUUUCCCCUUGAGCCUCCCGCCCCUGCCCUGAGUCAUCCCAGUGUGUUCCUCCCUCCGUGCCAGCUUCUAGGAACACAAUGGCCCAGCUCUGGUAGACGGUGCUGAGGACUCGGGCGGUAGAGGUGGAGGGAGUGUGUGCACACAGACUGUCACUCAUACAAUAAAGUAAAUGGUUUAACUUAAAA